GCAAAUGUGGGACAGUCCAAGAUCAGUCAAGCAUAAAUCCUGACUGAGAAAAACAAGACAGCAGUGUGUUGGCACAAUAUAGCAGCUAAAGCUGGGAUCGGUGGUGUUUAACUAUUUUUCCUGCAGUAAUUCAGUACAUUUUUUGAUCUUUGUAUCAAACAUCUGUAUAAGCGAUGGGGACAAUUACAAACUUUCUACUCUGCAGCUUUGUCGUGGGUAUUGCUCAAACUACGAUCAUUUUUGAGCCGGACAGGCCCUUUUUGAAGCUGCAGGUCCAUGACAAAGCUGAUCUGAAAUGCUGCUACACCACCAGUGAUAAUUCAGUGAAAGUCCAUUGGAUCAAAGUAGAUGGCAACAAAACCCUGAGAACAUAUCCUCUGGGACAGACUGUGGAGUUUCUGCAACGUGUGCCUAAAGGAAACUCUGUCGGACUGUGUGGCACCCUAACCUUCAACCCAGUCAAGCUGAAUGACACUGGGUUCUACCAGUGUUUGCUGAAAGGCAAUAUUGUCUCACAUGGCACCUACCUGCAGGUCUACCAACCAAUGAAGAAGACAAUAAACCUCAGUGAGAGCACCAAAAACCGGAUCCUGACAGCUGAGGGAGUCUUACUGCUACUGUGUGUGCUUAUGCCUUCUGUCACCCUUCUCUGCAAGUCAAAGAGACUAAAUCAACUGGAGAAGAAGAAAGCGAAGAAGGAAGAGGAAAACAUUUAUCAGGGGCUAAAUCUGGACGAUUGUUCGUCCGCAUAUGAUCGGAUUGAACGCUCUCAGGCACAUGGCCAGUACCAGGAUGUGAGCAACAUUAAAGAGGAAGAGGAGCAGAUCCAGCUGGAGAAACCCUGAAGAAAAGGGUAAAGUUAGAGAAAGGGAAGGAAGAGUGUUGAGUCUAUUUUUAGGGCUGAAGUUUAACUGUGUGAUAUCCGAAAAAAACAGGUUCACUCUUUACAACGCUGAUUUGGAGUUUUGUACAAAGCCUUCCGUUUACAGUUUUAGCAUCUGGCAGAAAGAAAAUAACAAUAAAUCUUCAAUUGCGUGACAAUCGAAUUUGUGGAGCUGGUGGUGAAAUUGUUUUGUUAGCAGCUUUCAGCUUUUGUUUAUUAAAAUAAUCUCUCUCUAUACAUAAUGCAUUGAAUCUUACUGAAUGAUUUAUCAAUGUAAAUUUCUGUGAGUGCGCUAAGAAUAAAGUUGUGUAAAAAAAGAAA